GGAGGAGGAGGAGGAGGUGGAGGUGGAGGAGGAGGAGGUGUAGCAGCAGUCUUACAGUAUCCCCCCCCCCCCCAGGCCACUGUGCGUCACCCUGGUGUUCAGCACGCGGGGCCAGCGGUACCUGCGUGUGGGGCUCUCUGUGCCGCUGCAGGGCUCCCUGGCCGGCCUGCGGAGGAUGGUUGCUGACGAGGGACACAUCUCCCCCGACCAGGUCAUCCUGACAGAGAUCUACUCCACCGGGUUUCAGAGGUCGUUCUUCGACGAGGACGACCUGACCUGCGUUGCCGACAAUGAUGUCAUCUACGCCUUUCAGGCUCCGCCCCUUUACAUCAGAGCGGGAUCCGCAAGGAUCUCAGGGUACCACCACAGCCUGCCGUCCUCGCCCUUCUCCUCUGGUCCUGAAGGUCAAAGGUUACCCCCGUCGGGCACGCUGUCGUCUGAGUUCCUGAACCAAGGCGGCCCCGCCCGCAUCCUGCUGCUGGUCUGCAACGCCGCGCAGAACAUCAGGUUCGGGCCUCCCUUCCUGAUGCGUGAGGACCGCUCUAUCUCCUGGGACCAGCUGCAGCAGAGUGUCCUCAGUAAGCUGUAUUACCUGAUGAUCAACGGAGCGCAGGCUCAGAACGCCCGAGUGUUGUUCAACGUCCGCGUCGUGGGCGGGGCCUCUAGCUCGGGACCCUAUUGCUACCUGUCGCCGCAGGAUGGCCGGCCCCUCUACCACCCCGCCGUGGAGCGGGCUCUGAGGCAGUGCGGGUCGGGGGGCCACCCCCAUGUCAAGCUGAUCAUCGAGUGGGAGCCCCGAGUCAAAGACUGCCUGUUCGGGAACAUCCAGGAGGAGGUGGUGAAGGACGCGGAGAGCGUGCGCGGCCAGCAGCAGCAGCACGUCCAGCAGCUCAGCUGCUCUCUGGACGAGUGCUUCUCCCUCUACACCAAGGAGGAGCAGCUGGCCCCUGACGAUGCGUGGCGCUGCCCCCACUGCCGGCAGCUGCAGCAGGGCGUGGUCCAGAUGAGCCUGUGGACGCUGCCCGACAUCCUCAUCCUGCACCUCAAGCGCUUCCGGCAGGCGGCCGAGCGCCGGACCAAGCUCACCACGCUGGUGUCCUUCCCCUUGGCCGGCCUGGACAUGGCGCCCCACGUGGUCAAGAGGAGCCGCGGCCAAUCCGCUGCCAGCACGGCCCUGCCCGACCCCGCCCCCGCCAACUACCUCUACGACCUGUACGCCGUGUGCAACCACCAGGGUGGGCUGCAUGGCGGCCACUACACAGCGUUCUGCAGGAACUCGGUGGACGGCCAGUGGUACAGCUACGACGACAGCAGUGCCGAGCCCGCCCCCCACGGGGAUGUGGUGACUCGUGGCGCCUACAUCCUCUUCUACCAGCGCCGCAACACGGUGCCACGCUGGUCUGCCAGCUCCUCCACCUCAGGGUCCACCAGCUCCUCAGCGUCGGACCACUGGCUGGUGCGGCUCCGGGAGAGCAGCCAGAGAGACAGCCUGGGCUCGGCCGGGUCGCUGGGGGCCCCCCCGGGACCCCUGCCCCCCGCCGACUCCCCUGAGCUGCCGGUGUUCAGAGAGGAGUCCUCCAGACCAGCAGAGACCAGCCCCGCCCCGGAGCCGUCCACACCGCAGGGGUUCCGGGGGCCACGGGUCCGGUCCCUCAGUAUGAGGUCUCCCACCCGGACCCGGGAGGCCCUGAGCAAGGUCCUGCCGCUGCGCUGGUCCCUGGGGGCCCGGGAGCGCUCCAGACCCCCCCAGACCCCCGCCCAGACCCCCGUCCCGCUGGUGGAGUACCUGGAGUCCGGGCGUCGUCCGCGCUGCUCCAGGGAGCCCAUCGCCGCCCUGGUGGCCACGCCCCCUCUUGCCGUGAGGGGCGUGGCCUCCGAGGGGGGGUGGGGGGAGCCGGGCUGUGGCCCCGGUGGGGGGGCCGGAGGGGGAAGCCCCUCUCCCCGCAGACCGGAGGGGCAGAGCAGAGCGGGGGGGUCUGAGAGGACCCCCAAGAUCCCGGAGGAGCCGGGCUGGCCCCGCCCGCCCCGGGACCCGGGCCGGGCCGCGGACCCCCAGCUGAGAGGGGCCAUCCUGGGGGGCCACGUGAGCCACAGCGCCCCCCCGAGCCGGGACUCCACCCUGCGGCGGUCCAGAGCCCACAUGGGCCCCGCGGGGCCCCCCCUCCAGACCGGCCCCCCAGGGCCCCCCCUGCAGAGGGACCUGCUCCACGCCGCGCUUGACAGGAAGCAGCGGAGCCAGGAGAUCUUGCUGUCCCCCCUCAGACCCCCCUCCAUGCGGCGGGACGCCCCCCGUGGCGGCCCCCCCCCCACGGCGGUGGAGAGCCUGAUCCGGGCCAGCGGGCCCCCGGGCCGGGCCCCCGGCGGGCCCCUGACCCAGCUGUCGCUGUCCAACGGCACGCUAAGCGGCGGCGAAGAAGCCCGCGGCGGCACUCAGGCCCGCGGGAUGACCCAGACGCACCGUCACCACGGUGACAACCCCGCCGCUGACAUCACGCGCACCCUCAGCUCCAGCAGCCUCCCGGGGGGGCCAGACCAGAGCCUGCGGCGCUGCACCUCGCUGCAGCGGAGCGGGGAGCUCGGCCUCCACCCCCUCCAGCCCCUCCACCCCCUGCAGCACCACCCCCUCCAGCACCAGCCCCUCCACCCCCUGCAGCAUCACCCCCUGCAGCACCACCAGCACCUGCUCCGCCGCUUGGCGGAGAAGCCAGGCUGCGAGCCCCUCCCGAGGACCCAGUACAGCACCACCUCCCUGGGCCGGCAGGGCCCCGGCCUGGGGGUCCGGUUCUGAGCCCCCCCUGGUCCUGUUGGGGGCCCGGCUCUGCUCUCCACCUCAGAGCUCCAGUGGAGCGGGAAGGCUCCAGGCUCCAUGUCCCAGGUCAAGGUUUCGAAGGUUCUGAACCUGGAAUGUCGGACCCCCACUGGGACCUCUUUCUCAGGGGACCGGUUUGGGGGUGCGGUCCAGAAUCACAGGUCCUGUGAACUAGAGUUGGCCAGAGGUUUUCUAACAAGACGUUUUGAGCAAGGACACGUUCACUAGCGUCUCCUGGUGGAAUGAAUAUUCACUAACACCUUUCUAUGUGUGUCAUAGUCACAGCCUAAUGUUUAUGGAUGACUUUAAUGUCUGGUUGGCUUGGAUUUAAGUAGGGGUAAAUAUGGUUGAAGAGAGAUCAGAGAGUGUCCAAAGUGCCUUUGAGCAGGAGAAUUAAGAGGGGUGCUCUCCUUCCUCCUUUUCAAGCUGCCAAUCAUGUUCCCAGACAUAAAGAGCCCAGCCAAGGGCUCUGACCACUUUCUCCUCGUUUCCUUGAGGAUCAAGUAAUACAAGACCACCAAUGGAGGGAGGCAGUGACGGAGAGAGACGGGUAGAGAGACACACGCACAUGCACACGCAUACACACGCACACAGAUGCACACGCAUAUGCAGACGCAGACAAAGUCACAGCAUCAUUUAUCUUUCAAGCACAUCUGAUGUUUUCCCUGCUGAUGUCGACAUUGAUCAGAAAGUCUUAUUGAGUCAAAAUACCUCAGCCCCCUGACUGGCUGGGGGCAGGGACUUCUUCAGACAUGAAAGUGCUGCUUUCAGAGAGCAGAACCGGGAUGAAUUAGUCAUUCCCCUCCGACGGCCCUAAACCAGUCACCACAGGGGCGGCUGAUUGGCUGAGUGCCACUGGGGAGGACGAGAGGGUGCUGAAUGAGGUGGAAAUGAAGGAUGAAUGUAUUGUUCUGCCCGUGCUAUCUGGGGGGGCAUCAGGGCAGGCAGGCAGGACGCUGUCAGCUCAUUACCCUGCGGCCCACCUGUCUCACUAUUGGACUCUUUUCUGCACUAGAAUGGUGUCUGAAGAUUUGAGUUUUUCUGUUCUCAUUUAUCCGUUACUUUGUAUUGUUGCAAGUGCCUCUCAGACAACCCAUAAUGAUAACUUUUGCCAUCAGUCCUCGGCCAGACCACCUGAGCCCAUCGCCUAGACAUCCUGAUCCCCCAGACCACCUGACCCAGACCACCUAACCCAGACCCCCGGAACCAGACCUGACCCACCAGACCCACACCUGAACCCCCAGAAACAUGAAACAUCAGGAUGUCCACUCUUUUCAUUUACCGAAAUAAUCAUUCUUGAAUUUUUGUCGGAACCAGGCAGUAUAUAACAAAUUACUUUUCAAAAAAUAUGUUCAAAAAUACUGGUAAAGCUAGAAAGGAAAUAUUUUAAAGAGCAGUUCUUUAUCUCAAAUAAAAUAACUUCAAAUUGGUUUGAAAAUAGCCAUGACAAAGCACACUCUUUUUUUAACAGUUCCGUUGGAAGAGAGGGUUUGAAAAUGAAGGCUAUUUUCCCAUCAGUGCUUUCCCUCUCCCCUGUCUCCUCAUUAUGUGUUGAUUUUCAUGCGUUGUGGCAGGAACCAGAGCAAUAACAGCUGCUCGGCCGCACUGAGCUGCCUGCUCAGGACAGGCUGCACGUCGCUAGGAAUGGAAGACCAGGCUGUCAAACAGAUCACAACCCUGCUCACAAUGUGUUUCCAUUAAUGUUAGAUACUGUUCAUAUGGAGUCUAGCUCAAAAUAAUGGGCAGGCUUGGAGAGUCUGCACGAUACAGUAAGGUGGGGUGCGAUGCCCACUCUCUGAGACAGCCCGUCAGGAGCAGGUAGUAGCUCAGUGAGUCAGACAAGCAGCCCUUGACUUCAACGCUAUAAAUCAAUAUAAAUAAAUACAUCAUUUGAAUAUCUACAGGGGGUUGGAACAGUUACCUGUGCUUCCAUUAGGCUUCGUUGUGCUUUUAGAAAAGCUGCACAUGUGUUUGUAUUUCCCUGAAUGAGUGCAGGGGUUCCCAACCUUGGUGCCGUGGUCGAACUUGGCCUAAUUCGAUGAUCCACUUUAGCAAACAUUUAUUAGUAUUUUUACUGUAUAUAUAAACACAUGGCUUCAUAGCCUGGAGGAAACUACUGCUAACCCCUAAGUGUGUAGCAGAGUGGUGCCAUCACAGCUCCCCCAGGUCCCUGGGGAGGGUAACUAUUCUAUUCCGUCCAUGGCCACGGUGAGCUUCUAUUCCCUAGUUCUACGGUAAAGUUAAGUAUGGAUAUGGUCUGCAGCAGGCCUGAAUAGAGAGAGGUUUUUUUUAUUAAUCAUCAUAUUAUUAUUUCACCGGCCCUUUGGCCUUCUCUUGGCCCUUGACGUAUUGACAAUGCAGGCAUAUUGUGAGGGGAAAACGACUUGUUUGUGCAAAAGUUGUUAAUUUUUGAAGGUUUUAUCCUUUCAUGUGGAGUGAGUAAGACAGGAAGGUAUGGGAGAGAGAGGGGAGGAUAUGCAGCAAAAGACCAAGGACAGGAAUCAAACCCGGGUUGCUGCGGUCAGGACUGGGCCUUAAUGGUACGCGCUCUACCCAUUGAACCACCAGGGCACCCCCAAAAGGUAAAGUUGAGGUUGUUACUUUUAGAGCUCGAGAUGAAAUCCAGGGCCAGACAGGGAUGUCUACGUCAUGUGAUGGAGAGUAGGUCUACGUCAUGUGAUGGAGAAUAGGUCUACGUCAUGUGAUGGAGGAACAGGUCUACGUCAUGUGAUUGAGGAAUAGGUCUACGUCAAGUGAUUGAGGAACAGGUUUACGUCAUGUGAUUGAGGAUUAGGUCUACGUCAUGUGAUGGAGAAUAGGUCUACGUCAUGUGAUGGAGAAUAGAUCCAUGUCAUGUGAUGGAGGAACAGGUCUAUGUCAUGUGAUGGAGGAACAGGUCUACGUCAUGUGAUGGAGAACAGGUCUACGUCAUGUGAUGGAGAACAGGUCUACGUCAUGUGAUUGAGGAAUAGGUCCACGUUAUGUGAUGGAGGAAUAGGUCUACGUCAUGUGAUGGAGAAUAGGUCUACGUCAAGUGAUGGAGAAUAGGUCUAUGUCAUGUGAUGGAGAAUAGAUCCACGUCAUGUGAUGGAGGAAUAGGUGUACGUCAUGUGAUGGAGAAUUGGUCUACGUCAUGUGAUGGAGAAUAGGUCUAUGUCAUGUGAUGGAGAAUAGAUCCACGUCAUGUGAUGGAGGAACAGGUCUACGUCAUGUGAUGGAGGAACAGGUCUACGUCAUGUGAUGGAGGAACAGGUCUACGUCAUGUGAUGGAGGAACAGGUCUACUUCAUGUGAUGGAGUAAUAGGUCUACGUCAUGUGAUGGAGGAACAGGUCUACGUCAUGUGAUGGAGGAACAGGUCUACGUCAUGUGAUGGAGGAACAGGUCUACGUCAUGUGAUGGAGGAACAGGUCUACUUCAUGUGAUGGAGGAAUAGGUCUACGUCAUGUGAUGGAGGAAUAGGUCCUUGUCAUGUGAUGGAGGAAUAGGUGUACGUCAUGUGAUGGAGAAUUGGUCUACGUCAUGUGAUGGAGAAUAGGUCUAUGUCAUGUGAUGGAGAAUAGAUCCACGUCAUGUGAUGGAGGAACAGGUCUACGUCAUGUGAUGGAGAAUAGGUCUAUGUCAUGUGAUGGAGAAUAGAUCUACAUCAUGUGAUGGAGGAACAGGUCUACUUCAUGUGAUGGAGGAAUAGGUCUACGUCAUGUGAUGGAGGAACAGGUCUACGUCAUGUGAUGGAGGAACAGGUCUACGUCAUGUGAUGGAGGAACAGGUCUACUUCAUGUGAUGGAGGAAUAGGUCUACGUCAUGUGAUGGAGGAAUAGGUCCUUGUCAUGUGAUGGAGGAAUAGGUCCUCGUCAUGGGUCUUUCGGAGUAUCUGUGCCAUGUCUCACUUUGUUAUUGUUGCAUUUUUAAAUGAAUUUAGUUUCUUUCAGAAUAUCACAACUAAUCCUGCUCAGUUGAACCCCUCAUAGGGGCCGGAUAUACCAGGAUGUGAAAAGACAGGUCAAAUGAAGAGAUGUGUUUUGACUAUUUAUUGAUAUGCAAAUAUAAUGAAAAUCCCCGACCAUCCCACACACCAGUUUGUGUGUUUGUGCGUUCACGUGUCACCAGAGCACACAAACACAGCUCCGUACAGAGACAAACACACAACGCUCUCUCACACACGCUGUAGCGUUGCCUUCAUUCAGCACGGAGAGACACUGACACUCAGAGUAGUGAGGGACGGGGGGGAAUGGAAGCAGGGGGCUGGCCUCAGGGCAUCAGGGGGCUGGCCUCAGGGCCUCAGGGGGCUGGCAUCAGGGGGCUGGCCUCAGGGCCUCAGGGGGCUGGCCUCAGGGGGCUGGCCCCAGGGGCCUGGCCUCAGGGGGCUGGCCUCAGGGGGCUGGCCUCAGGGGCCUGGCCUCAGGGCCUCAGGGGGCUGGCCUCAGGGGUCCUACCUCCAGGCCUCAGGGGGCUGGCCUCAGGGGGCUGGCCACGGGGCCUCAGGGGCUGGCAUUAGGGCCUCAUGGGCCUUAGGGGGCUGGCCUCAGGGCCUCCGGGCCGGUGAAUGGAGGCAGGGGGAGCUGGCCUUGGGGCGGCAGUCCAAACGAUCCCUCCCUUAGUGGCCCUCCAACACCUCAUAAUCACUCAUAACGCCUCUGGUAGCGAGCCUCUGACAGCCUCCGCCGGCCUCCGUCAACCUUUUUUUUUUCUACCUUGAAGUACAUGUCCGACCUGGUAUGAAUGAUGACAUCGCCUGAUGAUGGAGCUUAUGGGGAAGAUGAGUUCGGACUGAAUGUAGGUGAUGAUAAUAAGGGUUAUUCAUAGAGCUAGCUCUGUGAUGGCAGAUGGACUGGUUUAAAAUGCUAAUUAAACAAAAGGAACUUCUCACACAACCUCUCUCACAGCUUCAUUUACUUCAACCCUCUUCUUGUCCUCUUUUUCCAUCAAGUUUGUUUUGUCAGGACUCACAGAUGUAUUGGAUUCAAUUCAGUGCAUGAAACAGGGACACACUUUAGUUUGUCAGUUCACUCUCCCCUGGGGCUCCUGCUAUAAAGUUAAACCCCCCAUCGUAACCCCCCAUAGGGUACAUCUGAUCCCUCCCCCCAUCGUACAGGUAACCUACGAUACAGAGACGAUUCAGAGGCGGUGGUGGCGGCUGGUGGGUGAAGUUCUGCUCUGAACACCUCAGAUUGAGUGUUUGAGAGAGAAAACUCUUAAACUGACCUAUCAGUGUACCUGCGUCUGAAAAAAUAUUUUAUAUAAUUUAAAAUACAUAUCAUAAAAAAGUACACGGCCACAAGACAUUGAAAACGUCCGUAGUGUCUUGUGGCCGUGCCUUAGGGGGCAGGACCUGCAGGUGAAGUGUAGAAAGAUGGACGCCCCAUACAGAGAGAGGUCGAGCCAUGGAAACAGGUGUGACACAGGCUGGCAGAAUGCAGGUUAGCUGCAGAAUAUAAAUGCAUUGAGUGUUAAAGAUGAACUGAACUGAAAUUUGAAGUUUAGUUGAUGUAACAGAUGUAUACAAUAACUAAAAAUGGCUGAACUUGGUAAAAGGGAUACAAUUGUACGGUGAAAGUGUUGUUUAUGUUAAGGGAUGCCGCCAUGUUGGAUUUCAACAAUCAGCUACGUCACUGGCAUGGUAACCUACUCCUACUCUGUGGCUCUAGCAGCCAUAGCAGGUAAUGAGUCAGACUCUGAGGCUCGCUGAAAUGGCUACGGAAAAGCAAACAACCAGGUCUAAAGGAGGAUCAUACUGCAUUGCCCCUGGCUGCAGUAAUGAAUUAUAUAGGGCCAAGGCAGCUUGGGUAAUCAUACAUUUCCACAGGCUACCUUUGAAUAGGACACCAGGGCUGUUUCCCAAAGUGAAGGCUGCAGCCUUGCUAGGACGCGUCCUUGCUAGUCGCGUCCUAUGGAGAUGAGACUAGAGUGCUAGCUCGAGUGCUUCCUAGCGUUUGCAACGUUCAGACUUUGGAACGACUUGGUAGUGUGGAAGCGCUUCCGCUUCCGCUUUUUAAUACUACGUGUCUGCUUGUAAACACAUAUGAAUAGAACAUGGCAGCAAUCAAGCUGAUCGAUAUUUACUUGACUUUUGUCUGUUAUGAAUGCGGUCAUGUCUCCUUCGCAUGGAGCCUCUUUGGGGAAGUCACAAAAGCUUUGUUGCGGUUGAUAGAAUCGUCUUUAUUCAAAGGAAAAUCCAUUCAAUUUUUAUAAAACUAAGUGAAAUUGUCUGAGAACUUAAUUCAUGCAUCACAUUUACAGUACGGUUGAUUACGAUUAUGCAGGGGGGAAAAGACAAAGAAAGAGAUGAAAAACAUGUAUUUAUUUGGAAAUAUUAUUUAACUGAUUCAUUCAUUCAUAUAUGCCUACAAUCUACCAGUGGUUUGAACACAUAAUUAUAUCAUAUAAAAUACAAUUAUAUACGUUCAUUAAAAAUUACAAACAUUGCAAAUGAUCGGUUGUGCAUUAAUUUUACAACAUUGGAUAGUGGCACUAUCCCUUCCACCGGUAAACAAAUGUUUGCGCGCCACCCGGCGCACAAAAGCCUCCGUUUGCUGGGCUGACCCUUAAAAAAAACGAUUCAACACAAACAUAAAUAGGUAUACAUUAAUAAUGUAAUCUUGUGAGCGAGUAAUCGUAUCAUUAAGUUGCAAAAACGUUUGAAAAGUGGCACAGGUCUUUAGGCUUGAUUAUUUGCAUUAACAUGAUGAAUCUAUAAAAAGCAAUACGGCACAAAAUAUUUCUGAAAACUAAUAUAACUUCACUUCAUCUGCCAUUUUCAAGAACCCGCCCAGUGAACGCAGAGGAUUGUGGGUAGUUUUGGCUCGUCUAGGAUGCAGCGAUGCAUCCUUGAAAAAUCUCGGAAUUCUCAAAAACAAAGGACGCAAAAAUGGCGCGGCUUUCGAGUGUCCUCAACAUUGGAACAGUGCUUGUCGGCGUUCUAUGACGUAGCGUCCUUAAAAGGGCGGCCGUUGAGCAUGCUUCCUUGACAUUGGGAAACAGCCCAGCCCUUAAUACUUGGCUGGCAGCCUUAAAACUGGCUAACCCUCCGAUAGCCCCUGUCAUGUCAAUCUCCACAAGCUAGCACUCCGACCAUAAAGUGUAUAAACUAUUACUCAGACGAUAUCACAGAUCUAUAUUUCCAAGCUGCUAAUUAAACCACGGCGGGUCUGUGAACAGAAGUUCCACAUAUGUCCCUUUCUACUCACCCUGAUGUUCGCCGACUAGCCGAUUGUUGAUGCAGAGGGAGUUAAACUCGGAAGAAGUAGUUUCAGAGUAAGAUCUAUCUGUGCAAUAUCCAUCUGUGCAAUAUCCAUCAACAUCCACCAGAAAGUAAACCUCCAACAUCCACCUAAACUAAACGUGACACUCGUGAUUCCGCCUCGCAUUUAUGCGCAUCCGCGGUUGUAUCUCCCAAAGUACAUCUAACAUGUCUUUCAGUCCCUGUCCACACAGAGCCGAUUUUUUGGUGAAACCAUGUUUUUAUUAACCAUGUUAUUAGGAAGAUAAUAAACCAUGUUCUUUAAUAGUUCCAUGGUCCCAGGGUGGUUUUAAAUAAAACCGGACCUAUGUGGUUUCGUGUUAGGAUUAAUGUGGAAGCCUGAAGCGACGUUAGAGUUGCGUUGAAAGCUACAGGUUUUUUUUUGCAUUAUUUUUGUAGCUUUAAAUACUUUAAAUACUUGGUCAAUUUAAUUACUGUACAUUAAAAAGUAUUUCUACUCAAUCUAAAAAACAACUGCUAUCUCCUCCUUCACUUGAAUGUUUGUAUACAGCGCGCAGGCUGGAUGCGCGCAGGCUUGAUUCGCUCCACUUUUUUGUGGAGAACCAGCGCCUUGAAUUGAGUUACUACAGUGUUUGUACAGCUCGAUGCGUUUUCACAAUGAGUCCGUCUUUACGGAGAUAUUCCUGAAACGCAUCAAAGGAAAACGGAGGGGGAAAGAUCGUUUUUUCCUUGUUACUUGUGGUUGCUAUUUAUGGGGCGCUCCAGCGUGUGCACUCACACUAGUCCAUCUGGCCGUGGCUGUGGCCGU